UACAGCGGCGGCGGCGGCGGUUGCUGGUGCCGGUGCUGGCGCGGCGGGUCCGCCAUGGACCUGCACAUCCUGGAGCACCGGGUGCGGGUGCUAAGCCUGGCGCGCCGCGGGCUCUGGCUCUACACCCACCCGCUGCUCAAGCUGCUCUUCCUGCCCCAGCGCUGCAGGUGCAAGUUCUUCAGUCUGACGGAGACCCCCGAGGACUACACCAUCAUGCUGGACGAGGAAGGCUUCAAAGAGCUGCCGCCCUCCGAGUUCAUGCAGGUGGCAGAUUCCACGUGGCUGGUGCUCAGCGUGGUCUCCAACGGCCGGGCACCCUCUGGCAGCCAGGCCACCGGCGUCACCAAGAUCGCCCGCUCCGUCAUCGCGCCGCUGGCCGAGCACCACGUCUCCGUGCUGAUGCUCUCCACCUACCAGACCGACUUCAUCCUGGUGCGGGAGCGGGACCUGCCGGUGGUGAUCCACACGCUGGCCGGGGAGUUCGACAUCUACAAGGAGGAGAGCGGCGAGUGUGUCCCUGUCACCUGUGACGACGUGAGCAACGGCUUCCUCAAGUCCAAGCCGGCCACCAGCCCCACGCUGCACCCCGUGCAGAGCCCCCAGACUCGCUUCUGCAUCCUGACUGUGGCCCCCGACACACUGCCUGCCAUCGCCACCAUGCUCAUUGACGUCCUCUUCUACUCCCACAGCCCCCCCAGGGAGGCUGGAGCCAGCAGCCAGGACCUCGACUCCAUCACCUUCUUCGCCUUCUCCCUCAUCGAGGGCUACAUCUCCAUCGUGAUGGACGCCGAGACCCAGAAGCGGUUCCCAAGUGACCUUCUGCUGACCAGUUCCACGGGGGAGUUGUGGCGGAUGGUGCGGAUCGGUGGGCAGCCCCUCGGCUUCGACGAGUGUGGCAUCGUGGCUCAGAUCGCCGAGCCGCUGGCUGCCGCCGACAUCUCAGCCUAUUACAUCAGCACCUUCAACUUCGACCAUGCCUUGGUCCCUGAGGAGGGCAUCGCUGAGGUCAUCCAGCUGCUGCAACAGCGCCAGGAGAGCGGCAGAUAGCGGCCGGCUGUCCCUGCGGUGGGUGGCCCUGCCUGGUGGCGCCGUGGGACCCCCACCCCCUCCGUUCUUUGUCUUUGUU